GUGAAUCGUAUACAAUAAAUUAGUGGAAAAUUCAAAAUAAUAAUUCUAGGAAAUCGUGCAUAUAAUGUCGCAGUUUUGGGAACGCUAUCUACGUCCUAGUGUGAGCGAGGUCAGUCGCAGUCUGAAUCUAUUUGGUGGCAAGGCCACAGGAUCGCUUCUAUGGAAGCGUGUCACCUUCCUGGUUGCCACACCAAUCGUUGCCCUGUGCAUGAUCAAUGCCUAUAGCUCCAUUGACGCCGAAAAGAAGCCCCAACAGCCGUUUGUCCAAUACGAGUAUAUGCGUCGUCGCAACAAACGUUUCCCCUGGGGCAAUGGGGAGCGCAGUCUCUUCCAUAAUCGCAACGUCAAUGCACUUUCCGAGGGCUACGAAGUUUAAAGUUGGGGGCUGAUUGAGUCUUUCUUAUGUUUAUAAUUUAUUUACAAAUUUUGUGUUUAGUUUUGGUUCAUUCGUCUAAGGGUUAGCAGAUUCCGUUUUUCAGAUUCGAGAACAUGUCAGAACAUUCCGAAUUUUGUCUACUUUUGUGAUCUUUGAAUCCGUCAAUGUAAGAAAUUAAUUCCCCAGCAAUGCAAAUAAAAUUGAGCCAAACAUACACACAAAGGUACAA